AUGUCUACGAGCGCCAGUGACCACGAUAUGAGCGAUUCCGCCAGCUCUCCAAUGUCUUACAUUCGGUAUUCUCCGCACAGUUCUCCAUCUCAGCAAGUGCCUCAACUCGCUUCUGAUCUUACUGAGUUGACUUGUGCGGACAAUAAGAGACAGUUUUUCAGACAUGCCAACAAACCAUGUCUGCGUAUCACGGAACAACCACAGAACCACUUCAGGUUUCGAUAUGUGAGCGAGAUGGUGGGAACUCAUGGAUGUCUACUGGGGAAGUCUUAUGGCACCAACAAAACAAAGACUCAUCCUACGGUGGAGCUAUUGAACUACACUGGAAAAGCUCUUAUAAGAUGUCGAUUAGCUCAACACAACAACACAGAGGAACAUCCUCACAAAUUACUUGAAGAUGAACAGGACAGAGAUAUGAGUUGCCUAGUACCUGAUCAGGGGAGCUACAAAGUCAGGUUCGGUGGUAUCGGUAUCAUACACACCGCGAAAAAGGAUGUCGCUGCUCUUUUAUUCAAGAAAUACUCUCAACAAUGCAAGAAUACCAAUAUGAGCUUAAAAGACCUUCAAGUGCAAUGCGAGAGUAUGGCCAGGACUAUAAACUUAAACAUCGUCCGAUUGAAAUUCAGUGCUCAUGACGUAGUUACCGGCCAAGAAAUAUGUGAACCUGUUUUUUCUGAACCUAUUCAUAAUAUGAAGAGUGCUGCGACUAACGAUUUAAAAAUCUGCCGUAUAAGUCGAUCGUCCGGAAUUGCUUCCGGCGGCGAAGAUGUCUUCAUACUGGUGGAAAAAGUUAAUAAGAAAAACAUAAUGAUUCGAUUCUUCGAAUUGGAUGAAAAUGGAGAACGAGGUUGGACUAACGUUGGGCGAUUUGUGCAAAGCGAUGUCCAUCACCAAUACGCAAUCGUCUUUCGAACUCCUCCAUAUAAAAAUCCUGAGACGCCCGUCGAUGUGGAAGUGUACAUCGAAUUGGUUCGUCCAUCGGACGGCCGUACUAGUGAGCCGAAGCAAUUCAAGUACAGAGCCAACCAAGCGUACAAACAGAUCAAGAAGAGGAAGACUGGAUCUUCCUACUGUUCUAUUGGCAGCUCAUCUAGUGGAUCGUUGAAAAGUGGUUGUGACAUUCCCAUAUCUGUUGUCAAUCAUCAACCAGAAGAAGUUCCUAUGGAACGCGAGCCACCGGUGCCACCGUCGAUGUAUGUUCUACCCCAGGUGCACGAUUCGGCGACGCCAAACCAAUGUGAUCUGGCAAGUGCUUUGUACUCUGCUCCCGGUUCAGAGACGAGCCAGUCGCCUAUAUCGAAUUCGAUGUGGAGCGAGCCUCACAGUGUAAUGCUGCCCAUGUCUCCCAUCGCCAACCUUCAGCUCAACUCCGCAGACUUCGAACAGGUCACAGUACCCACUAGCAAUGAUCCGCAGCCCCCACAGGUCCCAGAAGAUAUUAAAAACUUUUUGAAUGAAUACAUGCGGAGCUACGGGGAAAGUUUACCUGAUGAAAGAAACAGUAUGGACUUCAUUCGUACCCUGCUGUUAGCUGACUCCGGACGACCUAAGCAAGAAAACAAGAACAAUAUGCGUUUGCAAGGUGAUAGAAUGCAGCAGCCCGCGCGUAGCCCGAGCAAGACGCCAGAUAUAAAACCCAAGACCGAGUACCCAGCCUUCUAUAAGACAGAAGAUGGGAUCGAAGUUAAAAAGCUGGUGAAAGACAUUUGUGAAAUGAUUAGAAACAAGAAAGGUUUCAAAAAAGCAGAAGUCAAAAGCCGUUUGGAAAGGUUAUUCGAAAUACGAUUGUCGAAUGGAGAUACGUUCCUCCACAUGACUCUGUGCAGUAACCAGCCAAGUCUGGAGUACAUAGUGAAGAUUAUUCAUAGCGUGAAAGCCACACAUCUGCUCGACUUCGCCAAUGAGAGACAACAGACGCCAUUGCACCUCGCCGUUGUCAACGACAUGCCUAAAAUGGUCACCUUGUUCGUUUCCAAAGGUUCAAAUCCAAUGUUGAAAGACGACGAAGAUCUAAACGUGAUCCACUACGCAGUUAAAUACAAGUCGUGCCUCGAGACUUUACUCGACACUAUCAAGAAGAACAACGUGCCUUGUAACUUGAACGAAUACAAUGGAGAGAAACAGACCGCAUUGCACAUGGCGGUGGUGUCUGGCUGGGAGAGCGGAGUGCGCCUGCUCCUGCAGCACGGCGCCAGCUACAGCGCGCGCGACGCGGACGGACGCACGCCGCUGCACCUCGCCGCCUACGACGACCGCCUCGCCGUCAUGAACGUACUACUCGACUUCAUACCUCCUAGCGAAAUCGACGUUAUGGACGGCGCUGGUAAUACAGCUCUUCAGAUCGUCUGCGGAGGCACUUCGAUCAGGGAGAAUUCUGUUGAAAUCGCUCGGCUUCUACUGGAAAAGAAGGCUUAUCCUUUAAAACACGAGGAUUGCAACGAAUCUGCCUGGAUACUUGUGAAGAAGAAGCCGGAACUUCGUGAAUUGAUGAAAGCUUACGUCAACAUGGAGUACAUGGACGAAGACGAUAUCAAAUCAGAACCUGAUGAUGACUUCGAAUCCGCUGAUGAAGGUGAUUAUCCAGACAAUGGUCUACAGGAGUUGAACCUGUACGCUCGCGAGGUGUCAGUGCUCGUGGACGUGGCGGGCGCGUGGCGGGUGUUGGCGCAGCGACUGCGGCUCGACUCCUUGCUGGAGUGGUACGCUGCGCAAGCCAGUCCCACCUUCACACUUCUAAAUCAUCUUAAGGAUUCCCGUGAUGAUAUAUCAUCCAAAUCGCUGGCGAUGAUCCUUGAAGAUAUAGGCCAGACCGAAGCUGCCAAUGUUAUUAGAAGGUACAUUGAUUGA